ACAUUCCCAUUCGCCUUAUCUCCAACCCCUCUCCUCUCUCCCACUAAUUUCCCACAUCUUUCAAAUGCACCCAUUUCCCCAAAACCGCCUCCCACUCUCCUCGCCCCGCCGCCGCCGCCACAGAUGGCCUCAAGAAUCAGCUUCAACCUAUCAAAACCCAAUCUUUUCACUGCCCAAAUCAGAAAACCACUCUUCUCCGCUUCUUCUCUGCCGUCCCCAGCUCCCGUAGUUCACUCGCUUCAAUUCGCUUCCAAGAAACUGACUUUCCAGCGCAGACUGCUCUGUAUAUCUCCUCAAGCCACCAGCGAUGUUACAGGUCAGGUCCAAGAAGACGAGGUUGUUGACAGCAAUGUCUUGCCUUAUUGCACCUUAGAUAAGAAGGAGAAAAAGACGAUCGGCGAGAUGGAGCAGGAGUUUCUGCAAGCACUUCAAGCCUUCUACUAUGAAGGAAAAUCUAUCAUGUCCAAUGAGGAAUUUGAUAACCUCAAGGAAGAACUCAUGUGGGAGGGAAGCAGUGUUGUAAUGCUAAGCGCUGAUGAACAGAGGUUUCUGGAAGCUUCAAUGGCUUAUGUAUCUGGUAACCCGAUUCUGUCAGAUGAGGAAUAUGAUAAGCUGAAAACACAACUAAAGAUUGAUGGGAGUGAUAUCGUGGUCGAGGGGCCUCGAUGCAGUCUACGUAGCAAAAAGGUUUAUAGUGACCUUUCUGUCGACUACCUCAAGAUGUUUCUUCUCAAUGUGCCAGCAGCAGUGGUGGCAUUAGUAUUGUUUUUCUUUCUUGAUGAUUUGACUGGAUUCGAGAUCACUUAUCUCUUGGAGCUUCCAGAGCCAUUCAGUUUCAUUUUCACGUGGUUCGCAGCUUUGCCACUCAUACUAUAUUUGUCUUUCACCUUCACAAACUUCAUUGUAAAAGACUUUCUGAUCUUAGUGGGACCAUGCCCGAACUGUGGCACGGAAAACACUUCAUUCUUUGGUACCAUACUGUCCAUAUCGAGCGGGGGAGCCACUAACAAGGUCAAAUGUUCGAACUGUGGCACGGACAUGGUGUACGAUUCUAAGUCGCGGUUGAUUACGCUGCCGGAAGGAAGUGAGGCUUGAACUCAGGUAAGGAAAUAUUUUUGGUUAAAUAAGCAAAUCUUCAAGAGCAGGUGUGAUUCAAGGGGAAAGAAUGCAUAAGCAAUGUAAAUGUGAGUAGUUUGGUAUGUGAAGGAUGCAUAUAUUAAAGAUGUAUCUUAUGUAUAUUAUUAUUCUAUACAUAAUAUAUCAGACAGGUUGAGGGACUUAAAGAAA